AAAAGAAGAAUUUACCUAAUUAAUAAUUCAAUAUAAACAACUUGCGAACAAUCAACGCUGUGCAAAUCUUGCCUAAGUUUGCUACAGAAUCAAAUUUGACUUGUUUUGGCUCCGUGACGCCGGUUCAAGAGGCGUUUUGGAUAACGUUCAACAUUGCUUGUGGCCGCUUCGAACUUUGACACACUGUGCAGGUUGUGAACAAUACUUUCUUUCCUGCUCGAGUGCACACGUCGAAAAUGACCUCCAAGAAAGUGAUCGAGUUGUUCUACGAUGUGGUGUCUCCCUACUCCUGGUUGGCCUUCGAGGUCAUGUGCCGCUACAGAACUGUGUGGAAUAUUGAUCUCAAACUCAGACCUGCGUUUCUGGGUGGUGUCAUGCAAGGCGCUGGCAACAAGCCCCCUGGAAUGGUUCCGAACAAAUUUUUGUAUAUGAACAAGGACUUGGCUCGCCUGGCAGAAUAUUUCAACGUCCCGCUGCAUCCUCCUUCAGACCCUGUGGAAGCCAUGUUCAAUAAAGGCUCCUUGAAUGCAAUGCGCUUUGUGAAAGCAGUGCAGGAGACGGGUGGAGACCAGCAGGUGGAGAAGGUGUCCAGAGAGCUCUGGAGAAGAAUCUGGAGCCAGGACAAAGAUAUCACUCAGCCCACGUCACUAGCUGAGGCAGCACAGAAAGCUGGCUUGGGCAGGAGUGAAGUGGAAGAGUUGCAGAAGCUUUGCACCACUCAGGAAAUUAAAGACAAACUGAAGAGAAGCACUCAGGACGCGCUGGAAUAUGGGGCAUUUGGCUUCCCCAUGAUGGUGUGUCACAUCAACGGCAAAGCUGAGAUGUUCUUUGGUUCGGAUAGAUUUGAGGUCAUGGCCCACUGUCUUGGUGAAAAGUGGCACGGCCCUCAGCCUGUUCGUUUUGAAAUGUCAUCUGCCAAACUGUGAGACAAAGCUGCUUUCAAAACCACGUCUGUCUAUGCACUAAUUCAUAUUGCAUAACCUUGUUUGUAAACCAGCGAUUCAGGCACUGUGCCUUUUGAUCACAAUGGAAUAGGCCACAAGACCAUUUUUAAAAUUGUGUGUGCCAAAACCAAACAGUGCACACUGUAGAUUGCAUUUAAAAUAAAUUGUUGCUGCUUCAAAA